AUGUGUCCUGUUAACAUUUGGCUAUAUACUAAAUUUCCAAAGGGUUAUGGCUUUAUAAGCUUGAAAUCUCUUAUUCAUCUACCAUCUACUGAGGAAGAACACGAGUAUUUGUUCACAAUAUGGACUAAUAAGAAAUGCGCACAUUUUUCAAAACCAGGAUCGCGACCAGGACCAUCAUCAGUACGAGAACCACCAAGCAUGGAUGAUCCACUCAUAAAAAUGACAAUUGUUGAUUUGAUAUUGAGGGCUAAAUCAACAAAUGGCUCUGUUCAAGAGAAAGGCGCCAAAGAUCAAGAAUUAAUUACAAGCACUGAAGAGAAAGACACAGCUUCAACAAGCCUUGUAUUUCUACAUUAA